AGAGGCAGGCGAGUUUCAACAGAUGGUUCUGGCUGCCUUGAUUCAGUCACAUCUGUUGUUUGAAUGAGGGCUCAGAGAGAGAGAGAGAGUGAGAGAGAGAGUUUGGGGAAUUGAAAUCAUAGAGGGACUUUUCCCUUUGCCUACUCAACUCUACCGUAUUUGUUUAUAUAUUUUUCUUUCUGUUACAAAAAAAAACCAAAGAAGCUGUGUAGUCAGUCUGUCAGCCAGAAAGCCAGCAGUCAAGCCUGGCAGGGGUGGUGGUGGUGGUGGUGUUGUGAACCCACAACUCCAGUCUGUCUUUACAGGAGGAAACCUGCUUUGUGUCAGACUCCAGAGGAUCAGUGCUCAAGAGCUGAUCUCUGCAGUAAAGCACCUCUCCAGCGGCUGUAACACCAAGUCAUUCAUUAUACGUGCAGAGCGACUGCUUGAUAGUUUGCAGAGCUGGGCACCAGGAGGAGAUCUCAUUGGCCCACCUGCCAGCUUUUUGAAAAUCUCAAAUCAGGGAUUAUUUAAAUGAGAAGGCAGGAGCAGUGUAACCACAUCAAACAGCCAGGCAUUCAUCACGGACACCCUUGAACCAGGAGCUUGAUAACAUCAGAAAGCGGAGAAAGGGAAUCUCUUGAGUUGCACCUGAGGAAGUGAGUCGAGCUCUUUGCAAGAUGGCAGCAUUGAGGCUGUCUUCAGUGCUGCUCCUUGUGCUGGGGGUCCUGUCUCUCAGCGACGGCUCGGUGCUCCUCUCAAACCAGCGUCAGAAAAGCCGGGCCCAGCGAGACCGCAGAAACAUCCGUCCCAACAUCAUCCUCGUCCUCACUGAUGACCAGGACACUGAACUGGGCUCCCUGCAAGCCAUGAACAAGACGCGACGCAUCAUGGAGCGGGGUGGCACCUUCUUCUCCAACGCCUUCGUCACCACGCCCAUGUGCUGCCCCUCCCGCUCCUCCAUGCUGACUGGGAAGUAUGUGCACAACCACAACACCUACACCAACAACGAGAACUGCUCCUCGCCCUCCUGGCAGGCCCAGCACGAGCCGCGCACGUUCGCAGUGCACCUCAACAGCACCGGCUACCGCACAGCCUUCUUCGGGAAGUACCUGAAUGAAUACAACGGCUCCUAUGUCCCGCCCGGAUGGAAGGAGUGGGUGGGCUUAGUGAAAAACUCCCGAUUUUACAACUACACCCUCUGCAGAAACGGCAAGAAAGAGAAACGUGGAAAUGAAUAUCCUAAGGACUAUCUGACUGACCUCAUCACCAAUGACAGUAUCAACUACUUCCGUAUGUCGAAGAAGAUGUAUCCCCACCGGCCCAUCAUGAUGUUGAUCAGCCACGCUGCCCCCCAUGGGCCGGAGGACUCUGCCCCACAGUACGCCAACGCUUUCCCCAACGCCUCCCAGCACAUCACGCCGAGCUACAAUUACGCCCCCAACCCUGACAAGCACUGGAUUAUGAGGUACACGGGGCCCAUGAAGCCCAUCCACAUGGAGUUUACCAACAUGCUGCAGAGGAAGCGCCUGCAGACACUGCUGUCCGUCGAUGACUCCAUGGAAAAGAUCUAUAAUAUGCUGGUUGACACGGGUGAACUGGACAAUACAUACGUGAUUUACACAGCGGAUCAUGGGUACCACAUCGGGCAGUUUGGGCUGGUUAAGGGGAAAUCGAUGCCUUACGAGUUCGACAUCAGAGUGCCCUUUUAUAUACGAGGACCCAAUGUGGAGGCUGGCAACAUCAAUCCUCACAUGGUACUGAACAUUGACCUGGCUCCCACCAUCAUGGACAUUGCUGGACUGGACAUUCCAGCGGACAUGGAUGGCAAGUCAAUCCUGAAGUUGCUGGACACAGAGCGGCCAGUAAACAGGUUCCAGUUUAACAAGAAGGGAAAGGUCUGGAGAGACUCGUUCCUUGUGGAAAGAGGUAAGCUGCUGCACAAGCGGGAUGAUGGGACAGCCACCGCCCAAGAGGAGAAUUUCCUCCCCAAGUAUCAGCGUGUGAAGGACCUGUGCCAGCGUGCAGAGUACCAGACACCCUGCGAGCAGCUGGGGCAGAAGUGGCAAUGCAUAGAGGAUGCUAUGGGCAAACUGAGGCUUCACAAGUGCAAGCGGGUGGCCAGCCUGACAGUCGCCGGGAAGCUGGGCAUGGCCAACAUGAAGUCUCAGCUCUACAGGAGGAAUUCUGGGGACUGUGAUUGUGAUAUCACUGACUUCCAAAUGAGUCCGGUGAAGAGGAAGAAGCUCUUUAGCAAGAAGAAGAUGAAGACAAACAAGAACUACGCUCGGAACCGCUCGUCGCGCGCCGUGUCAGUGGAGCUCAACGGGGAGCUGUACAGCGUGGACCUGGAGGAUGGCUACCAGCCCGUCAUGCCGAGAAAUAGCAGCAAGCGACUGUCCGAGGGGGGAAGGGAGGAGGAAAUGGAGGAUGAGGGGUUCAGCGGCACGGGCAGUCUCACCAGCCACAGCAUCCCCAACAAGUUCUUGAUGCCCUCGUCCAUCAAGGUCACUCACAGGUGCUACAUUCUAGCCAAUGAUACGGUGAAGUGUGACACUGACCUGUACAAGUCACUUACAGCAUGGAAGGAUCACAAACUUCAUAUUGAUCAUGAGAUUGAAACUCUACAAACCAAGAUAAAGAACCUGCGAGAGGUGAGAGGUCACCUGAAGAGAGCCAGACCAGAGGAAUGCGACUGCAAUAAGUUCAGUUACCAGUCUAAGCACAAGAGGAAACUGAAGCAUAAAGGAGCCAACUUCCACCCUUUUAGGAAAGGGCAGGAGAAGGACAAGAAGCAGUGGCUGCAGAAAGAGCAGCGCAGGAAGAAGAAACUGCGCAAGCUGCUCAAGAGACUGAGGAACAACGACACCUGCAGCAUGCCGGGCCUCACCUGCUUCACACACGACAACCAGCACUGGCAGACUGCCCCCUUCUGGACAAUGGGUCCGUUCUGUGCCUGCACGAGUGCCAACAACAACACUUACUGGUGCAUGAGGACCAUCAACGAGACGCAUAACUUCCUGUUCUGCGAGUUUGCCACAGGAUUCCUGGAGUACUUCGAUCUCAACACUGACCCCUACCAGCUCAUUAACGCAGUGAACACGCUGGACCGGGAUGUGCUGAACUUGCUUCAUGUUCAGCUGAUGGAGCUGCGGAGCUGCAAGGGACACAAGCAAUGUAACCCCCGCACUCGGAACCUGGAGAUUGGAGAUAAAGAUGGGGGCAGUUUUGAUGAAUACAGGCAGUAUCAGCGUCGAAAGUGGCCAAAAAUGAAGAAACCCACCUCGAAAUCCCUAGGGCAGAUUUGGGAAGGAUGGGAAGGCUAAAGUCUUCGAGCACCUGGACUUCACCGGGGAGGCUAACUGGUUAGAACUUGAAACCUUGUACAGACUUGACAAGCACGCAUAUGAAUUGAAUUUUAAUGUUAGCCUGCGGGACUGGAUGGAUUUCGGGGCUGUUGUAGAUAGAAAGUUUGCAUUGCUGGGCAAUUUCAAUAGACAUAAUAGCAACCAGCACUUUGGUGUCUCCCUCGAGAGUGGAGGAAGGGACCAGGCGCUGAUGUCUACCAGUCCAUCUGCUUCUACGCUUUACCUUACCACCCUCGCCAUGCCUGCCCUGAUCCUCCAGGAAGCCACUGCUGAAGCUCAGAGAAGCCUUGGGGCUCCAGUGGGAUGAGAACAGCUCCGACUGGUUUGAGGCCUACACCUCUCAAGAUGAGCGAGAGGAGAGCCUGGAAGGGAACGAGGAACCCCAAAGCCAAACUGUCAGUUCAGAUGACUUGGACUGCAUUCCCUGCAACUGCAGCAACUUCAAUUGAGAUGAUUCGCAAGACUUCCUUAGCUGUACCGCCGCUCAAUUCAAGGGGAGGCUGUUCUUGAGGAAUAAAGACAAAAACAUUCUUUUCUCCAAUUUUUUGGUUACUUUUACAGGACACAUGGCACUAUCCCCCCCAUCCCCCAAUGCCUUUAAGGCCAAUAACUCCCCCAAAAUAAAUCUGUAAAGUUUGGAUAAAUCUUGCUAUGAUCAUACUGUUCUGCUUUUGAAAGUCCUAGCACAGCAGGGGUUAUUAAGGUUAUAACUAAUGAACUUGCCCAGGGCACUGUGCGCAUUGCUACUAAUGGAUUCUAAUCCUCAAUUUGUAAUACUUGCCCAGUGAUGAGUGAAGGUUUUGUAAUGGGUCUAUACUUUGAUCCAGCCACCUCUUAUUUUUUGCUUUUGAUUGUGGCUAAUCUCAGUUGUAGUGUUCUUGGCACUUGGUGUUGUUGAGGUCUUUGCUGUGGCAGUGUCUAGGGGGCUAAUUUAAUUAAAGCAAAUAGUAUUAGUUACAUUGUGCAGCACCUUUAAUACAAUAAAAGCAUCUGAAUGCACUUUACAAAGCUUCUGAAUUACAGGGACUGCAGCAUUCAUACAAACAGCUGUGAGGAAUGAACAGGUGCAGAUUACUUUCUUCUUCUAUUGUAUUUUAUGAUCAUUAUUGUUCUAUCCGUGCUAUUACCUUUCCUGGGAACUGUUCUCAGCGAGUAUUUUUCAGCAUGGUUACACUGGACAGUGGAAACACAACCAGGGUUGAGGUCAAAUCCUGUUUUUGUAUCCUAGGAAUAGGAAUUGACUCCCACCCUGCACUCUGCAUGUGAUCUCUCCUUGGCUGGAUUCAAACCAGGUUACAAAAUUGAUCCUCUAAUAGAACAGGCUGACACUACACAUCAGGGUGUUUCUACCAGUGUAGAACCUGGAACCUUUUCUGCUUCUUUAUUUCAAGGACUGUGCCAAACAUGCACUUUCAAAACAGGGCGCUGCCAGGGUCAAAGGGCAGCUAAACUUUCACAAAGCGGUGGGUUAAAAGACAACCUUGACGUUACUUAUUCCAGACCACGCGGCUGCCAGCAUACAAAAGAACAGCACAGGGUAGCUGCUUGAAGCGUUCAGUGGUGAU